CGUUUCAGGCUUCUGUCUGGCUGCCGAUCCAACCGACACAGAAAUUUACUGUCAUCUUAAAGACUCGACAAAGUUUGCAACAUUCUGCGUUGACUCUUGAGCAUACCAAACCAGCGUCGCAUUAGAAAGAUACGCACUUUAAGUCAAAAAUGGGACAUCAGGGGCCUAUUUACCACGCCACGGCAACAGGUGCAGCAAAGAGUACGGUUAACUGUCACCAGACCCCGCAGGAUUUGAUAUUCUGGGCGGGUUGGUUUUGCCCGUUCACUCAGCGAAGUUGGAUUGCUUUGGAAGAAAAACGUAUCCCAUAUACCUAUCAUGAAGUCAACCCAUACCUGAAGGAGGAGCAUUUUCUUGCAAUCAGCCCGAAAGGCUUGGUCCCUGCAAUUCAACACCAUGGCAGACCACUUCAUGACUCCAUCGUGGUCAGCGAGUAUCUUGAAGAGGCCUUCUUCGACGACAAUGCCGCCUCUGACACCAUCUUGCCCCCUUCCGAUCCUUAUCAAAGAGGAGUUGCACGCAUCUGGAUUGAUUUUAUUAACAAGAGCGUUGUUCCUCCCUUUUUUCGACUCUUGCAAGCUCAGUCAGACGAAGCAGAGCAGAAAGCAAUGGCCCUCCAGGAUCUGAAAGAUGCUUUGGCAGCCGUCUCCUCUCAGGUCAAGGGGCCCUACUUCUUUGGAGAUCAGUUCAGUCUGGUCGACGCGGUUAUUGCACCUUGGGCAGUGCGUGAUUUCAUCCUGCGCGAAUAUCGAGGGUUCAAUCGUGAGGAGGUCCUGACAUGGAAACAAUGGGCUGAAGCACUGGAGAGUAGAAGGAGUGUAAGGGAGACUUCGAGUGAUCCUGAGAAAUAUGUCGAAUUUAACAAGACCUUUCUGAGAAAAGAGUCGCACAGUCUGGUUGGAAAAGCUGCGUUAGAAGGCCGAAUACUUCCAUGAAAUGCUUGGAGAUGCAGACAGAAUGGCCAGAAGGCCUUUGUCUCCCUAGGUUACCUGAGCAAAGAAUCCCUCGCAGAUUCUUGAUGAUACAAUGCCCCCCUGUUGAUGCAUACUACGUUGUUACCGGUCUGUAG